UGGGUUAAACAUUAGUGGGAGGUUAUCAGCCGGGUUCGGGGCGGGAGAGGGUAGUUACACUUUCACCGCGUCCGCUCUGCGGGAGCCACCGUCCCCACCAGGCUGGACGAUGCCUGUGGAGGAGUUUGUGGCCGGCUGGAUCUCCGGUGAGACCUCUUUCCUCCUUCUGUCACAUCCCCCCAGUGGUGGGUCACUUCCUGGGGAAGGAGCACUGGGCUUGGUGCUGGGACACCCCUUCGACACUGUGAAGGUGCGGCUACAGACCCAGAGCACCUACCGAGGCAUCGUCGACUGUAUGGUGAAGACUUACCGCCAUGAGUCGGUCCUGGGCUUCUUCAAGGGCAUGAGCUUCCCCAUCGCCAGCAUAGCCGUGGUCAACUCGGUCCUGUUCGGGGUCUACAGCAACGCCCUGCUGGCGCUCACGGCCACCUCCCACCACGAGCGGCGCCUCCAGCCGCCCAGCUACACGCACGUCUUCAUAGCCGGCUGCACCGGGGGCUUCCUCCAGGCCUACUGCUUGGCCCCUUUUGACCUCAUCAAAGUUCGGCUACAAAACCAGACAGAGCCAAGGGCGCGGCAGGGGGGGCCCCCACCCCGGUACCGGGGGCCCGUGCACUGUGCGGCCUCCAUCUUCCAGGAGGAGGGGCCGCGGGGGCUGUUCCGGGGAGCCUGGGCUCUGACGCUGAGGGACACCCCCACACUGGGCAUCUACUUCGUCAGCUAUGAAUGGCUCUGUCGCCAAGCCACGCCAGGCGGCCAGAACCCCAGCUCAACCACAGUGCUGGUGGCAGGGGGCUUCGCCGGCAUCACCUCCUGGGUGACCGCCACCCCCUUGGACGUGAUCAAGUCGCGGAUGCAGAUGGCCGGGCUGGAGCGCAGGGAGUACCAGGGGCUGCUGGACUGCAUGCUACGAGUACCUCCUCCACCUGUGGGGAUGAGGCUGCACAGGCGCUGCCGCAGCUCCCAGGUGGGACGGACCGCCACCCGCCUGCCCAGGUCGGAGGCCAAGUGGAAAGCACCAGGGUGAGAUUUCAAUGCGAGAGUCUCAGCCUUCCUGUCGAGGCACCUCCCGGCCUGGAAGGUGCAGAUGGGCUGGGAGGUGGUGAGGAGCAGGCCCCGCCCCUGAUCCUGAUUCCUUCGUAAACAGCUACCUUAAGCGGUGGUGCUGGAGACAUCCCGGCCACCCUGUGACUUUACCCUCCACCUGCCUGGCUGCUAACUCUCCCCUGGAUUCCAGGGCGGUGCCCUCAGCCGCCUCCCACCCAUCUCCUUUCCUACCUCUUCCCCCUGACUCAAGUGUGGCCUUUCCACCGCCUGCUGUCCACAUCCUUCAGUGACUCCCACCCCCUCCAGGGAAAAGCCCGAACUCCACCCCUCCUGAUGGGGCACCUCCCUCCACCAGCUCUCCUCUCCCUCAGCAGCUUCGGCAGCCUAGCCCUGCCCCAGCACAAGCUGUGCCCCUCAUCACCCCCAGCCUGGAAGGUCUAGUCCCUCCCGGCCAACACUGGGCAUUGCCAAGGGGUGACUCCAUCAUCCCUCUGGCCGGGCCCCUCCCGAACCCAGACUGAGCCCUGUCUCCUGGUCCCUCCUCGGCUCCCCAGGCUGACUUUGGGUCUGCAGAUCACCUUGACCACAGCCCCAACUGUGUCCUGGUGGCCGAUUGACUUCUCAGCUUCCCCAGUAAACGGGGAGCUCCUCGAGGCAGGGGUCGCACAUCUGAUCAUUUCCCAGCUCGGAGCCUGUGCUCAGAGCAGCCCGGUAAAUGGCUGCUGAAGGCAGUGGCAUUGCGCUAACUCCAAGCACCCCACUUGCUUCCAUGGUCCUGCCCCCCAACCCCCGCCCCGCCAGCCCCUCACUGAGAGCUGUGAGUGUGCCAGCAGCAGGGUGCCUGCCUAGCCUUUCCCAUCCGUGGCACAAGCUUUCUUUACUUAUCUCAGUUGCCCAGUGGGCAUGAAAACUGGCAGAGGGUUCAUUUAACUGGCAAUAAAGCUAGCAGGGUUUGUACCCACUAAUCUGUCUGAGAUCAACCUGGGCCCCCCUCGUGGUGACCUGAAUGCCGGGAUCCCUGCCCUUUCCCGUGCGCUGCCUAGAAAGACAAUCCAGGGCUCGAACCACCGUGACAGAGGUGGCCUCGGCUCAGACACUAGGUAACUCGUCCCAGGCUGCACAGCUGGUGCGUCGCCUCACACAGCUUCCUGGAUGCAUCUCCAGAGCAUCCAGAGCUCGGUUACUCUCCACCCUGCUCUCCCUGGGCACUAUGACAGUCUCCCCUGAGUCACCUAAGUUCAAGUCCUCCUGGUGGGCCUGCCAGCAUCAGCCCUGACAGGUGCUGAUCGGAGCUGUCCUUCACCAGGUGGUGGCUCGCAGACUGCAAGUCAUUCUCCCUCCUCCCAUCGCCAUAGCACGGCCACGGGGCAUGUGGCCACUGAGCCCGGCCGUGUCCCAACCUCCCUUGCAGCUUGGUGGGGCCUGUGCGUGGUUCUUGCUAGAGGAAUGGUGACGCGUGCACCUUGCCCCUCACUUGCUUACAAGGCAGUUCCUCCCUGUCGGUGGCCCUGGAAGGACUGCUGAGGGUGCAGGAGGCGCCCCACUGGCCCGGAACCAGGGGGACUGCUUAGCCUUCACGCCGCCUCACACAGUGGGUGAGGGCCUGCAGUUCCGUGGUCGGUGGUCCCAGUGUGGCCCGGGAGCAGUGGCAUCGGUCCUCCGGGAGUCGGUUAGAAUGACUCCCAGCCCCACCCGGGCCUGGCGGAAGCAGAAGCUGAGGUUGGGCGCAGGAGCCUGUGUUGGGAGACACUCUCCCGUGACUUCACACACGUAACGGUGUCUGGCUGCUCCUAACAGCAGAAGCGUGCUGCCCUUUCAAGUUGUGAGUCGGGAGUG